AUGCUUUACCGCUUCUCCGCGCUUUCGGUCUUUAUGGACUAUCUGGUAUAUAUACACACAUACAAGCACAUACCCUACUGGCAACCACAACGACUCGAUUCCACCAUUCAAUCAAUACUCGCAACUAGUCCAAUCAUGCUAUCACUCAAGAACAGGGUCUCGUCUCGACUCCCCGCCUGGGUCGCUCAGACCUCCAGGAGAACACUCGCCUCCGCAGCAUCUGCUACAGAAUUCAAGUCCCCCUUCGGCAAGGACUACAACAUCAUCGAUCAUGAAUACGACUGUGUCGUCGUCGGUGCUGGUGGUGCUGGGCUUCGUGCCACUUUUGGGCUGGCUGAAGCAGGUUUCAAAACCGCUUGUAUCUCCAAAUUGUUCCCCACUAGAUCUCAUACGGUCGCCGCCCAGGGGGGGAUCAAUGCUGCCUUGGGGAAUAUGCAUCCAGAUGACUGGAAAUGGCACAUGUAUGACACCGUCAAGGGCUCCGACUGGCUCGGAGACCAGGAUUCAAUCCAUUACAUGACGAGAGAGGCUCCAAACUCCAUUAUCGAGUUGGAACACUAUGGGAUGCCCUUCUCGAGAACAGAGGAAGGGAAGAUCUACCAACGUGCGUUUGGGGGUCAAACUAAGGAAUACGGGAAGGGAGAACAGGCCUAUAGAACCUGUGCCGUCGCUGAUAGAACGGGACAUGCCAUGUUACAUACUUUGUACGGGCAGGCUUUAAGACACGAUACUCAUUUCUUUAUUGAGUUUUUUGCCCUAGAUUUGUUGACUCACGACGGGGAAGUCGUUGGUGUUAUUGCUUAUAACCAAGAGGAUGGGACCAUUCAUAGAUUUAGAGCUCAUAGGACCGUCAUGGCCACGGGUGGAUAUGGGAGAGCUUAUUUCUCAUGUACUUCAGCUCAUACUUGUACUGGGGAUGGUAAUGCCAUGGUUUCACGUGCUGGAUUCCCCUUACAAGAUUUGGAAUUUGUUCAAUUUCAUCCAUCAGGGAUUUAUGGAUCAGGUUGUUUGAUUACCGAGGGUGCUCGUGGUGAAGGUGGGUUUUUAGUUAACUCUGAAGGUGAAAGAUUUAUGGAACGUUAUGCCCCCACAGCAAAGGAUCUGGCAUGUAGAGAUGUCGUUUCAAGAGCCAUCACCAUGGAAAUUAGAGCAGGAAGAGGUGUUGGACCAGAAAAGGAUCACAUGUUUUUACAAUUGAGCCAUUUACCACCUUCCGUCUUGCAAGAGAGAUUACCAGGUAUCUCUGAAACUGCAGCCAUCUUUGCAGGUGUCGAUGUUACCAAGGAACCAAUUCCAAUCUUACCAACCGUUCAUUAUAACAUGGGUGGUAUCCCCACCAAAUGGACAGGGGAAGCAUUAACCAUAGAUGAAGAAACUGGUGAAGAUAAAGUUAUUCCAGGGUUAAUGGCAUGUGGUGAAGCAGCUUGUGUUUCAGUGCAUGGUGCUAAUAGAUUAGGUGCUAACUCACUAUUAGAUUUAGUUGUCUUUGGACGUGCUGUCGCUCAUACCGUCGCUGAUACUUUACAACCAAAUACUCCACAUAAACCUGUCCCUAUGGAUAUCGGUAAGGAAUCCAUCGCCAAUUUAGACAAGAUUAGAAACGCUAAUGGAUCCAGAUCUACUCACGAAAUCAGUAUGAAGAUGAAAAAGACAAUGCAAAAGGAUGUCUCUGUGUUUAGAACUCAAGAGAGUUUGGAUGAAGGUGUCAGUAACAUUACUGCUGUGGAUAAUUCAUUCAAGGAUGUCAAGAUCUCAGAUAGAUCCAUGAUUUGGAACUCUGAUUUGGUGGAAACUUUAGAAUUACAAAACUUGUUGACUUGUGCCACUCAAACUGCUGUCUCUGCUGCCAAUAGAAAGGAAUCUCGUGGUGCUCAUGCAAGAGAAGAUUAUCCAAAUAGAGAUGAUGAAAACUGGAUGAAACACACGUUGUCAUGGCAAAAGGACACUGGUGCUCCAGUGGAAUUGAAAUACAGAAAUGUCAUUUCUCAUACUUUAGAUGAAAAGGAAUGUCCCUCUGUACCACCAACCGUCAGAUCUUACUAG